GGCUACCCGGAGCUUGGUAUCGAGCUAGUGAAAACUCUUUCAAAAGUUGUUGUUUUCGUAGAUUAUGAUUAAAUCAUACUGAGUAAACCAGACAGUAUACAGAUUGUGCUAUUAGUGUCGUGUGAACUUUCUAGAGUGGUUAACUUGCAAUGUAGCGUGUAUCAUGUGCUUGGGGUUCAAAUUGAAACGAUGCGAUUGUUGGUGCACCUCUUGGCGGUUUUCCUUGUAACCGUUCAACAAGGCGGUUCUGCUCAUCCUUGGUUAUUAUUCGCCAAUCGCAAAGAUAUCCGUUUAGUAGACGCCACAAAUGCAAAGAAUCGCAACAACAAUGUCACAAUCAUCAUUAAAGAUCUUGAGGAUGCUGCUGCCCUUGACUAUCAUUAUGAGAAGGGGAUGGUCUGCUGGACAGACAUCAGCCUGGAGAUGAUACGAUGUGCCUAUCAUCAGGGAGCCAAUUUACUGAAUAAAACAAAUGUUAUUACAACAGGCUUGGUGUCCCCUGAUGGCCUUGCCAUUGAUUGGCUGGGAAACAAGUUAUACUGGACGGACAGUGAAACUAAUCGUCUUGAAGUCUCAACUUUGAAUGGAGAAAACAGAAAGGUUCUUUUUUGGGAGGACUUGGAUCAACCAAGAGCCAUCUGCCUUUUUCCAAAGAAAGGUUUGCUGUUCUGGACAGAUUGGGGGGAGAACCCAAAAAUUGAAUCUGCUGGCAUGAAUGGUGAUCUUUCAACAAGACAUGUUAUUAUCAAGGAGGAAAUUUUUUGGCCAAAUGGACUCACAAUUGACUACGAAGAAGAGGCUAUAUUUUGGGCCGAUGCCAAAUUGAAUAUUAUCUGUUCGGCUAGCCUGUCGGGCGAAAACAGGCGGAAAGUGAGCCAAGGAGAUUUACAACAUCCCUUUGCCCUAACCAUGUUCAAGAACAUGUUGUACUGGACCGACUGGCAGACUAAAUCUAUCCAUUCUUGCAAUAAGAAAACAGGAACUGGUAGAAAAGCCGUUCUCGGCUCUUCACUUACCCCUAUGGACAUUCAUGUAUAUGAUCAAGAAAGACAGCCCUUCAGCGCCUUACCAUGUCAAAAUCAAAACGCUAAAUGUUCUCAUCUUUGUUUGUCCGCUCCUUAUCCGCCGUGGUUCACUUGUGCCUGCCCUACGGGAUCAAAACUGGUUGACAAUUUUACGUGCGCGGAUGGCGCCCAACAAUUGUUGCUGCUAGCAAGGCGAACUGAUCUCAGACGCAUCUCACUCGAUACUCCUGACUAUACAGACGUUGUUCUCCCUUUGGACGGUGUCAAGCACGCUAUUGCAGUCGACUAUGAUCCCGUUGAUGGAUUCGUCUAUUGGUCAGAUGACGAAGUAAGAGGCAUCCGCCGUGCUAAAUUGGAUGGCAGUCAACAGGAGGAUGUUGUUAUUGCUGAGGUUGACCAUCCGGAUGGAAUUGCUGUGGACUGGAUCGGUCGUAAUCUUUAUUGGACAGACACUGGUACCGACAGAAUUGAAGUAGCUCGACUUAAUGGCACUUGGCGCAAGGUGCUCAUAUCAGAAAAUUUGGAUGAACCCCGCGCUCUGGCGUUAGAUCCUGAAGUUGGCUGGAUGUUCUGGACCGAUUGGGGUAAAGAACCUAAAAUUGAGCGGGCUUCUAUGGAUGGCUCGGAUCGCCUGGUCCUUGUAAAUACUUCUUUGGGCUGGCCCAACGGUAUCGCUCUCGACUAUGUCCAGCGUCGCCUCUAUUGGUGCGAUGCUAAAACGGACAAAAUUGAAGUGGCUGACAUGGACGGCUCUAAACGCAAAGAAAUACUCAGCGAAAAUGUACCGCACAUUUUCGGUUUCUCGUUGCUCGGUGAUUUUCUCUACUGGACUGAUUGGCAGCAUCGUAGUAUUGAGAGGGUACAUAAAUGGACGGGUGAGGACCGCAAAAUCAUCGUGGAUCAACUGCCAGAUUUAAUGGGACUCAAAGCAAUAAACAUCACAGAGAUUCGUGGGACCAACCCUUGUGCUAUCGGAAACGGUGGUUGUUCCCACUUGUGCCUCAACCGACCUGGUAAAUUUGUUUGUGCUUGUCCCAUCGGUUACGAACUGACAGCGGACGAAAUCAACUGUGUGAUUCCGGAAGCUUUCUUGCUCUUUACCCGGAAAGACGACAUACGCCGCAUCAGUUUAGAAGCGAACCACAAAAAUGUCAUCAUCCCCAUUGCUGGUGUCAAAGAAGCUAGUGCCUUAGAUUUUGACGUCAACGACAAUCGCAUUUACUGGACAGAUAUAGGAGUAAAGUCCAUAUCACGAGCUUUUAUGAAUGGAUCAAAUCUGGAAGUGGUGGUUGAAUUUGGUUUGGAGUAUCCAGAAGGUAUGGCUGUCGACUGGGUUGCCCACAAUAUCUAUUGGGCCGAUAUGGGUAGUCACCGUGUCGAGGUGGCUCGAUUAGAUGGAUCGUCGCGUCGCGUUUUGAUCUGGAAAGACUUGAAAAAUCCGCGAAGUAUCGCCCUAGACCCUGGGGAAGGCUACAUGUACCUCGGCGUUUGGGGUUCUGUGCCACACAUUGAGCGCGCUGGUCUUGAUGGCAGUCAACGUAUUACGUUGGUCAACGGAGUUGGCCGGGUUAAUGGGCUGGUGGUUGAUUUUGCCACUAGACGUCUUUAUUGGGCCGAUGUCGACGGCAAGCAUAUCGAGAGUUGUGAUUUGGACGGUAAACAUCGACAAGUGGUGGUUUCUGGCAAUAUGCCCCAACCGCAUGGUCUGACGCUAUAUGAAGAAUUUAUUUAUUGGGCUGAUUGGACCACACGUUCGAUCGAAAGGGCCCACAAACAAUCUGGUGAAAAUCGAACACGUAUCCAAACUCAGGUAGAUUUCGUGAUGGAUAUUCUAGUUUUUCAUUCUUCGCGACAAUCCGGCUGGAAUCCAUGCGCCGUCAAUAACGGCGGAUGUUCACACCUGUGCCUUGCUCUACCAGCUGGAUCUAGUGGCAGCUCGUCGCCUCGCACCCAAACAACGGCGUCAUCUACAACAGUUGCAUCUUCCUCCUCAUCAGCUUUGUCGGCCGUAACCACUAUGGCUAAUCUUCCAGCAGCUACAGUAGUCGUUCGUCAGUCGCACACUCACCGAUGCACCUGUCCCACGCAUUACGAGCUCGUGGCAGACAAUAAAACAUGCGUCGCCCCCAAAUCUUUUCUUCUCUUCAGCCAAAAAAAUUACAUUAACCGACUUCUACCCAGCUCUCCAGAUAGCCCUGAUAUGAUUCUUCCUAUCCGAGGCUUAAAACAAGUUCGUGGCAUAGAGUUUGACCCGGUAGCGCAGCAUUUGUAUUGGAUUGAUGGACGAUCGCAAACGAUUCGUCGAGCUCUUGACAAUGGAACACAAGCGUCGCUUGUUGUGCCAAACCCGACACAGUCACUGCACCCAUACGAUUUGGCAAUUGAACCUUUUUCUCGAGUUCUCUUUUGGAGCUGUUCAAGAUUCAAUGCUAUCAACGCUACCAGAAUUGACAAUCAACUCUCUGUUGGUAUGCUGGUUGGCGGUCCGUCCACCAGUGACAAACCAAGAAACAUCGCCGUUCACUCAAUGAAAGGAUGGUUAUUCUUCACCAACUUAGUAUCGCCUGCACGAAUCGAACGAUGUCGUCUAGACGGUAGCGAUCGUGUAAAGAUUAUUGAAACAGAUAUUGAACAACCUUCAGCGUUGACUAUCGACACCGAUGAAGAAAUGAUCUUUUGGGCUGACACUAGCUUGAAAGUCAUUGAAGUUGCAGCUCUCGAUGGAACCAAUCGCAGAAAACUCAUCUCUUCACAAUUGGUGCAGCCCAUCGCUCUGACAGUUCACGGACGUCACCUCUAUUGGCUAGAGAAAGAUUCACAAGUGAUCGAGCGAGCAUUGAAAAGCAAUGGCGAAGACAGACAAAGGGUGCAGGAGCGAAUACCGUAUUUGUCGGAUUUGCUUUCAACGUCUACACUCGACCCUAGCUCUCUGGCAUCUAAUCCAUGCUACCCCCCCAACUCCGGCUGUGGCCAUCUUUGUGUACUGAUGGAUUCGGGCGAACGUGGCAGAUGUGCUUGUCCCUUGAACAUGGUAUUGGAAGACGGUAAAACAUGCGUUGAACCACCGGCGUGUUCUCCGGAACAUUUUACAUGUCGUUCGGGAAUCUACGAGACUGGGCCAUCAGGAAGCGGGGCGACUCGUUGUAUACCCUUGUCAUGGCGCUGUGACGGCCAAACGGAAUGUUCAGAUGCUUCGGAUGAAGAAGAUUGUCCAGAAUGUCGACCGGAUCAGUUCCGUUGUCAAUCAGGUCAGUGCAUCGCCAAGAAACACGAGUGUGAUGGCGUUCCCCACUGUAUGGAUCGAUCAGACGAACAAAGAUGUUGUCCUCUUGGACAAUUUUACUGUUCAGAACUAUGCCUUCCUGACAUUCUACUCUGUGACGGUGUCCCUCAUUGUCCUGAUGAAUCCGACGAAUCAGUCCUUUCUUGCGCAAACCGUGUGACUAAUCCAUUGGCGGGGGAUUCCUCUAAAAGGACGACGUACAUCAUCGGUAUCGUAGUUGGGCUUGGUUCCGUUGCCCUUCUUUGUUUUCUCCUUUUCUGCUGGCGAAGACGACAUCACAGCCACGCCGACCCGGACGAAGGAGCACACGACCCUCUUAAUCCGGCUGCACCUCGGCACACCAUCGUACCUGGUCAUGCUCAGCUACACACUGACUAUCAACUUCAGUACGUUAGCAAUAUCGUUGGUGAGCGGACGGCAGGUGUUGGAGCUCCUUCUCAUCUAGGCAACAGUGCGGUCGACCUUCUGAGUGGCCGUGGAGUGAAGAAUGGAGGCGCCGUCAUUGUGGACGGUGGUGGCGUGGCAGUUGGUUCCAAUUCCAGCUGCCAAUUAUAUGACCGCAGUCAUGUUACAGGGGCAUCAAGUUCGAGUUCGAGUGGUCCAGGCUAUCCUCAGGAGACCCUAAACCCACCGCCAAGCCCGGCAACCGAUACAAGAUCACACUGCACUGAGCCUUACUGCUGUACAGCUGUAAGUGGACAAUCUCACAAGUCGCACACGAUGAGUCAUGGACGUCAGUCUGCACGUGGCCACCAGCAUCACCCAGGACACCAAUCUAGGUUAAGUGGCACACCGAGCCAAGUGUAUUCUACCUUACGAUCGUACAAGCAUUACAAAAUGCGUAACCAGCCUCCGCCUCCUACUCCCUGCAGCACUGACAAUUUUGAAGAAUCUGAUUCACAAGUGGCUUACCACAGUUCGCCUUCGCCAUCUUCCAUACCCAAGAUGGGUCCAGGAUUCAAAAGUGCAAGUAGAAGGCAGCAAUCGUCACAUCGACACCAACGGUUGGGUGCCGACUAUGAUAGCGAUCCUUAUCCUCCGCCGCCUACACCCGCAAGAUCGCAUUACGUUAGCGAUGCCUCUUGCCCACCGUCGCCGUCGACAGAACGGUCGUACUUCAAUCCUUUACCCCCUCCCCCCUCUCCUUCGCCUCAGUAGAUUCGAUCUAAGUAUUUUAUGCCUAAUGUAAUUUUUAUUCCUUUUCGAAAAAAGAUUGUGGAUUCAGAACACUAGGCUUAUGUGAAGGAAACUGUACAGCCAUUUUAAUCUCCUUGUAAAUAACGUCUAACAAAAGACAAUCAUGUGCGCUUGACUUUCCCUUCUCGAUUGUCUCCCGUUUCCUGGGUAGUUUGUGGCCAUUCAUGUUCUCUAUGAAUAUAUCUGUUACUACCAUGUUUCCUUCUUGAUAGAGUGCAAAAUGAUGAAGAUAAUUUGUUAUCGACGACGUCUCAUUUCGUUAUCUGGUUUUUAUCUCCAGGCAUCUGAAUUUUUUCCAGGUCUUUGAAAAUACGGCAAAAUAAAUUGCCCGUUGUGCCAACCACUUUUUUGUGUUGCCUUAAAAAUACACUGUGGUGUCUCUUUAAA